AUGAAAAGCUUCAUCAUCAUACUUGCCAACGAAACAACAACCGACGACACCUUCACUCUCACCCUCACCGGAAACGUCGUCCAGUCGACGGUAUGGCUGCCGGCACCGAUAUGGCUGGCCUACGCCAUCUCCACCACAACCUCGCAGAUCUCGCCACUCACCAACAAACCUCCUAUCCCCACGGAAAUCGUCUGUACGGACUCAUACUCGCUGUACGAGUGCAUCGUCAAGCUCGGGACGACGAUGGAGAAGAGGAUUGUGAUCGAUAAAAUGGCUCUUCGAGAAUCUUACGAGAAACGAGAGUUUCACGAGAGAUGA